CUAGCAAUAAGUCAACAAUCGGAUCGCCUGACGUUUUGAAACAGCUUGUUGUCCUUGUGUUAUAUUCCCGCUGCGUAAACUUUCAUUGAUGGAUGGUAUAAUACGCCGCCGGUGUUUGAUUCUUUAUGAAUCAUUUGCUCCUUGAGGAAUAUUCGAAUAUAACUGAAACAUGACGCUUGGUAGUCUUCUCGCCACUUCUUUGGUGAUUCUUUGAAAAUUACGAAUAUGGGUGACGAAGCUGCCGGCGAAGCUGAAGAAACGACAGUUCUUCCACUUUCGCUAGCUGAAAUCACGGCGUUUCGGAACGGUGAACACCUGCACAAUGCAGUGAGUGAGAGAGAGCUUUGGGCUAUUUGUAAGGAGUGUUGUUCGGCUCUUCAGUCUAUUGUGGAAUCAAGGAGUGUAGAUGACUUGAGGCUCUGUCCACAAUCUCUCAUACUCAACCCAGAUGGAAAUAUUACAGUUAUCAAUUCAGAAGGUCAUGUUGGAGCUGAGUUUCAAGCUCCUGAGGUUACAACUUUGGGUGUUUCUGAAAAGUCACUUACAUAUUCUCUUGGAAAGACACUACUGAGUGUGAAGAAUGACUGGCCUGUAGACAGUGCCCUACAUGAUCUGCUUCACAACCUAAUAUCAACUGAUACAUGUAAUAGACUUACAUUGACAGAGGUUGCACAACUCUCUCAACUCUCGCUUCAAAAACUUUCAGGACACUACAAGGAAGGAGAUGAACAGAAUGGGUGGAGCAUUGUACCAAACAUCCAGGAUGCCAAUAGUAACUGUAGCAGAGAAACAUCCAAAGAGAAGCCCAUAAACCAGUCAACCAAAGAUAACAUUUCAGACUCAUCUGAUCUCCAGUCGAAUUCCUCCUUGAGCCGGCACUCAAAGCCAUCUCAGAGAGUGAGUUCUCUUAUCAAACCUGUACUACAAGCUGCAUUGAGAGACGUACCAUUACCAGACAAGAUGGCAGCAGGUGGUCAUCUGGGUCCACCAAGCCUAGAAACUUUUGGAAAUUUAUCUCCAAGGGCUCAAGAAAUCCUGAGAAAGAUCUACUCAUCAGAGAAUUCAUACAAACCUGAAACUACUGGAACACCCAAAGGAGGAUCUGAUUCUAAUCUCUCCACUCUUAACAAUGAAGCCAAGUAUUUCACAGCUGAUAGUAAAGGAAGGUUGGGUAUUUCAAAUCCACUUUCAAAACGAAACUCAAUAGGGUCAACCACGGAUUCUUUCCUACAUCCGCAGCGUGUAAGUCCAAAGGAUCAAAAUCUUUCAAGAAGAUACAGUGUAGGGGAAACUAGUUCCAAAACAUUGUGUAUGAAUAAUGGAGGUGCAUCACCAUCACCCAAUGCAUCACCUGUGCCUAUCAUCACAGUAUCAAGACCUUCUUCUGAAACACCUCCUCCUAUCAUGGCAGAGAACAGACACAGAGUUGAUUCUAUGCAAUCUGCUGUAACGACUCAGGUGUCUAAUGCCUUUACAAAGUUUAUCAAUUCUAGGAAAAUAAGUGGUGGAAAUAAACCUCAGGAGAAAUCAAUAGAUGUGCAGGAUACACAAAGAGUACAGGAGAGUCACCGUAGAGAAAGUGUGGACAACUCCAGUUCCUAUGGAGGAACGGAUGAUGAACAUUCCAGUGGACACCAAACAGAUGCUGAUUUGUAUAUGUUGGAUGAUCCUUUUACGGAAACAGAGUCAGAGGGGGAGAGUGCUUAUUCCAAUAGGGUGCGUUCUAAUAGUAUUGCGACUUGCAAUACAUUCAACUCAAAGUCAUCAGCCUUUAGAGUAACCCAGUCUAAAAUUAUCAGAAAGCAAAGUCUUUCAAAUUUAACUGAAAUUCAAGAGGAGGAAAGCAAGGCUUCAUCAGCUGACAUGUCUCAUACGGUAGAGAAUGCAAGUUCAGCUUAUUCAAACAUCAAAGAUCUUGCAAUGCUUCGUAAUAAAAGAGCAAGUAACAUCCAUGCUCCGAAAUCAAGUGAUCUUUUAUCCAGUACUACACAUUUCACUCCAAUUGUACUAAGUGCUACAAAUUCUGAAGGAUCUAUCGGGUCACCUGUAAUGGAUAAAGCCAAAGUGAAAGCAAAAAAAGCUAUGGAGCUCAUCAAAUUAGACCUUAAGGCCCCAAGAAGAGAUAAGCCACCACCAACAAUGCUACAAGACCUUGAAAAUGAUGCAACUGAUUUUGUUCCAGUAGAUCAGGGAAACAAUGUGCAACAUGUCAACAAAAUGGCUGAACAGACACAAAUGGGUGACAAAAGAAUUGAAAAACAAAAUUCUGAAAGUUCUGAAGACCAGUCAAAACCAGAACUUACUACUGAUCAGAAACUAAAGAUAUUGUUUGAAAAACACGGCCUGGGAUCUCCUAAUCCAUCUCCAAGAUCUUCACCCAAUCCAGGAAUAGCAUCAAUACCUUCAGGAACAACACCACACCAAGAAAUGAAUGAGAAGAACUCCAGUAAUGCAGCAGUAACACCAGUACACAAUUCUGCAAAAGUCAUAGAAGAUACCACUGAUAAACAUGAAAUAAAACUAGAAAACAAUCCAAUAGCAGAUCUUACAGUAAAGAGGAAGAUAUCAGGUAGUGAAAAUUGUUCUUCUCCAAUCAUCAAAAUAGAGCCUGUCACUUUGGUUCAGAAUUCUCCAUUGAAUAUGGAAAUGGGUUUUGCUCCCAUAUCCAAACCCAAUGAUAAAACAGAUGACUUAUUGGGUAGUUUGUCAGAAGACCCAUCCCCGGCUAGUAAGAGUCUUUUGAAAACCAAAGAUAAAUCUACCUUGGAAAAUGUUGUGCCACAGAAGACCUCUACAAUGUGUGAUGGUGUAAGAACUUUUCCUAAACAUGGAAUAGUAGAUGAAAGAAGAGGUGUAGAGGAAGCCAAGCAUACAACAACACAUCCAGUAAUAGAUAUGGAAGCAGUGAAAUCAAACACAGCUACUGCUGAAAGAACAACAGAUUUCAAAAUGGGAGAAAAAGAUUCAGCAUCUACAAUGAAGAUUUCAAAGGUACAGAUGGAAAUCAUAUCUAAUGAAUCAAGUGUUCAAGAGAAACCAAACAUACAAUUGGUUCAAACAGGAUCUGUCUUGUCUGCUUCAUCAGCAUCAUAUUUAACUGCAGUGACUUUACAUGCAUCCAAGGAUCAAGAUAUCCCAAACCAACUUGCCAUGAAGAACAUUCCAAUCCAGGUACAUCUACAACAAGAUCCAGAGACAGGGCUUUAUAGGGUUCUACCCAUGGGCAGCCCCUUACAGGGGCUACCAGUACAUAUUACUUCAACUUCUUCUACUCCAACGUCUCCUGUGCAAUUGGUUACCAACAGCAAUGCAGCAAUGGUUUCUCCAGUUCAGACACAUACUUACAGCCCAAAUUCUCUGGUAUCACCUUCUGUUGACAUUAACAAGUCCAUUCCAAGAAAGAAAAAGUUUGUGGAAACAAGUAGUGAUCCAGACUCUUCUUCUCUUUCUUAUCGGCAUCACCAUAGACAUCUGGCAGACCGCAAGAAAGAACACACAAAGAAGAGAACUGAACGUACAAAGUACACUGUGUCUCCUCAUAAGAAGUCAUUGAAUAAACUGCCAAUGUCAAAUUUGAUCACAGACUCUGAGAGCAGUGAGUCGUCUUUCUCCAGUCCUGCGCUUAGUCUGGGUCAUGAGAAAGGUCAGAUCCAUGUCCGUCCACACCGUAGGAAACCCACCAAGUCACCAGCUUCUUCUCAUGGUGACUCUGAUCAUAGAAAGGAGAGGCACAGAGAUCAGUUGAAUGCCUCAAGAUCUCCCCAAAUUGAGAAGCUAUACCAGGAGCAUACCCAUCGCCCUCAGAGCAAAUCAAAAGAGAAGGGUUCUCACACACCACCAACCCCCAGAACUACUCCAACAGGUGAUCAUAAAUCUCAUCAUAUCAAAUCAUCUCAUCUAAACCGUACCCACUCAGCACAAGCCCUUCGUUCAAAAGAUGACACAGACGAUACAAAACCUGUAGAUCAUACCUUAAUGCCCAGAUCACCAUUGUCAGUAUCAAUGUCAUCACCUUCACGGGAUAGUGGUGUUCAUCUACGAUAUACGACAUCAAGUGGUGAAGACCUACCUAUGAUUCAAGAAGCACAUCUAGUAGAUGCUCUUCAAAGUAAUUCUCAUCUGAAGAAAGUCAUCAAGCAGAUCAGACAAGCCUUUGCCUUUGAUGGCUAUCUAGAGAAUGGUGUAGAGGAUCUCCAUAUGGCUGAAUACAUCUCUUCCCUAGCCAGCGUUACAUUCACAACCUUCUCCGGUGCUGUAACGGAAAAGUUUUGUGAUCUUUAUUGGGAGGAGGAACUUCUUGAAGGAUUGUAUGAAGCAGUCAAUGGAAAGGAACCUACCAAGCUGACUAACAAAAGUGUCCCAAUGUCUCAGAAAUCCAGUGAGGUUCGUAGGCAGUCAAAAGAGACCAUUUCCCAAGUGAAGGAUAUGAAGGCAGGAAGAGAGAAUUCAAGAGGAAGGAACGAAGGAAAGCAAAUAUCUAGUGAUGCUGCAAGAAAGAUGGAUCCCAAAUCCCAAGAGAAUAAAACAAAACAUGGAGAGGGAGAAGAUAAAAGUAAGGAAAAGGUAGCCCAAAGAAGAUCUACAGCAAGUAAGGAUGCCAAGAGCCAUAGGGCAGGUGUAAGGAUAGAGGGAAGCAGAGAAAAGAAAACAUCAUCUGCAGAACAACCAAGACCAUCUUCAUCAAAGAAGCUAAUUGGUGAAAGAGACAAGGAGAAGGUUAGUCAGCGAAAACAGAGUAGCGUAGAGGCACCUGGAGAAAGACUUGAUAAGUGUACAGAUGAUGCUAAGGCAGACUCAAGGAGGAUCUCAAGGCAGAGACAAGCCAGAGAUAAAACAUAUGAUGGAGAACAGAAGGAGACAAGGAUUAGCCAGAAAGAUGAAACGGAGGGAAGAAAACAAGAAAACAUUGGAGGACAUAUCCACAAAGUCAGUGAGAAUGAAAGGGAAAGCAAGAUAAUUAGGAGUGAAGAGGCUGCAGCGGGAAGGACUUGUAAAGUUAGUGUUGAUAGUAAGGAUGGAAGAGCGAGUAGAAACAGUAGGGAUGGUAGGGAAAGAAGAGGUGGAAAGGGAAGUCAGGAAAGGAGAGAAGAUAGAACACAGAGCAGAAACUCUGGAAGUGCAGACAAGGAAAGGAGAGAAGAUAGAACACAGAGCAGAAAAUCUGGAAGUACAGACAAUUUGGUCCAUGUGGAAGAAGAGGAUAUGCACAAGCCUUCAUCUUUGAAAAAGACCAAUACCAAUGUGAACCAGCAAACAAGAAAGUCAGAAGAAAGAAAUGAUGAGAAUGGAAAUAUGAAAUCUCAGGAGUCUCUACUAUCAUCAUCGAAAGACUCUUCUUAUGUCGAUCACAGCAGCCGUGACUCUUUGAUAGAUCAGUUCAAUGAUAGCUUGUAUCUCUCUAGUACCAGUGAUCUUUCCUCUAGCUUACCCUUGCCAAAUCAACAAUCAACACCAGUACUUAAUAGAACACUUCCUAUGACAAAAUCUGAAGUGAUACAAGCCAGACUGCCACCGGCAGAAAGAAACUCUCCUCAUAGUACCCAUCGACUCCUGAGUGCUUCUCGUCGUGAUAGCAUGGUUUCAUUUAGUAGCACAUCAUCAGGGACAUCUUCACGUACGCAUCAGAGCUUUGCAACCAGCUCCUUAUUUGACUCUACGAUAGAUGGUUCUAUUGAGGAGAGCAGACUAGUCAUACCUAGUGGGGUCCUGUUUAGUGGAGAUAAAGUCGACCCAUCUGUUGCAGAGUAUGCUCGGAACCUCACUGGAUGUGGAGAAACACAGAACUCUAUUGAGAGCAAAAUAUCUGAGGUGGAUCAACAGCUAACUCUAGAGAAAAGGUCACAGAAAAAGACAGCGAAGUUCUACCGCAAACUUCAGGAGAAGGUUUCAUCCGAAAACAAGGGUAUUGCAUCCAAGGUUAAGCAGGAGCUUGCAGAAACCAACCAAAAGAUUGAGUUCUUAGAAUCAGCUAAGAGACAUCUAGAGAUAUUAUAUGCUGAACAAUGGGGCCUUGACUUCAGCUUGCUCUAUUCAUUUGCUAUCAUCUCUGGUGAUGAAAAACUAGUCAGGCAAGCAGAGAAUCCAUUACUGACAAUGCACACAAUGAGGACCAUCACUACUCUACAGGCAGGGGAACCAAAGGGGCUCUUCUCGUACCUCUAUGCAAGACAAGCACUGCUAGAUGGCUACUUGCCUCAUUUCUUCUACACCUAUCACUACUUUGCUACAUCCCAACAACUCCUGGACUUCAUCACCAGUCGCUUUAUGCUUGCUUGCAAGCAAAAGCUGCUAAAUGGAGAGGAUGAUGUGACGAUGUCAAUCAUUGCUAGGACUAUAGACAUUCUACAUGUAUGGGUAGAAGGGUUCUUUGAUGUGGACUUCAAGCCUUAUCCACAGUUUCUACAAGAACUGUUAACAUUUGUGUCUGAUCAGAUGGUUCCUGUUGAAUAUCAGAGUAGGUUUUUGCUUCAUCUACUAGAGCGUAGGCAACAGGACGCAGUGAAUGGGCUAACAUCAGUUGCUGCGAGAGUUCAGAAUUCAAAUGAUAGCCUUCCUACAAUCAGUAAACCUAUGCAGCCCUUACCAUGGCAGGUACCUAACAGCUCACAAAGUGAGAAGACCAGUGGUUUCAAGGCAAGUCUUAUGGGUUGCUUUAUACGCAAACCCAGCAAACAACAGGAAUCUUCGGCCUACACCCAAGCACCUCAUGCACCUAGAGAAGGCUUCCAUAUGAGUGACUAUACCUCACAAACGAUAGCUCAUAUCCUUACUCUCAACCAACAGGCCUUAUUCAUUGAAGUGCAUCCAAUCCACUUUCUGAAUUCUCGCUGCUAUAGCAUAAGCGUCAAGGACACAGCCAAGUCUCCUUACUCUAUACAGCUCCAACCAUCACCUUCAUCAAGGAAUGAGGGUGAAGGAAGUGAGACGAAGAGUCUCUUUACUCAGAAGGUGUUUGAAGGGAAGGAGAUUCGAGACCUCUUAGACUUAGGUCAGGUUGUUUCUCAUUGGGUCUCAGCAGAAGUGGUGACGUCCUCUUCAGCUAAGACUCAAGUUGCCCUCUUGAGUAAGUUUGUUUCUACUGCCAAGACCUGCCUUGAACUUCGCAACUUUGCAUCUUGUGUUCAGAUCCUGGAUGGUUUAGACAAUGUCCUAGUAAGACAAGUACCGGCAUGGCGAGACCUGCCUUCUAAGGUAGUGGGGAUCUAUGAGGAUCUAAAUGCUUGUAGGGUUCUUCUACAAGGUGAUAGUGAAUAUCUGAUGAAGGGGGACAAGACCAGUCCUACUCUCCCUGCUACACUUCUCUUCUUGCUUCAUGUGCAGCAGCUAGAGAUCGGUGGCUUCCAGCUUACUAAUGGCAUGUUCAAGUGGACCAAACUUAGAUCAAUAGCCAAGCUGGUAGAUGGGAUUCGGAUCUUCCAAGAGACUUCCUAUUCCUUUGAUGUAGAUUCAAGCUUACCAGGACAACUCAAACAACGGAUAGAAGAGUUCAGUAGUCAGGAUAUUCAUGUCUUAGCUGCACGUCAUAGCUCCAAUUAUCAUCAACUCUCAUCAGAUAAGGGUCGCAAGUUUACCUCCACAUUUCAGAAGAUGAGAGCUGGUCUUCACUAGGCAAGCAAUCAAAAAGACAUAACACUCAGCAUCUACAUCUAGCCUAUGAUUAAUUAAGAUAGAACACUUUGGAAAUAGCAACACCUGCAGAUAGUUGGCUCACCAUCUUACUUUAUAUCCAUUAUUCUCAAGAAUCCUGGACGUGAAUGACUUCUCAUCAAUAAACCAUUUGAAGAAAUAUAAACAUGCAGAAGGUCUUAAUACAGUGAGUCGGUAACAAGGAAGCCGUUAUUAACCUUCCAAAAUCAUGCAAAUAGCAUGACCCAGAUCCUGAGAGGUGCUUUCAUCUAAGUUAAUUUGUUUAUUGACUGAUACGCAGUUGACUUCAAACUUAUACAAGCUUCCUGCUUUCUAGUGAUCAAUUAAUUAUUGCCCAUACUUGUAAUUUUCAAUGAAUGUCGUCUUUUAGAUCUUAUCAGAUAAGUUAGACUGCUGGUCCAUUAUUUCUGAUUUGUAUCUGAUUAUUAAGUGUAAAACACCAUGUUGAUAUUAUAAUGACUUUAAGAUAUAUGUUUACAUUUGGUGUGUAAAGUGUACUCAAGUUUCAUAAACACUAUUUUUUACAGGACUUUAAAUGUUUGAAAAGCAAAGGUCCCCUAUUAUAGAUACUAUCAAAGUGUUCCCUAAUAUUCCGUUCACAUACACGCCUUUUUCUUACGAGUCCUUACGGAUCGCACAAAUUCACGAAUCUUUCACAGAUCCUUACGAUUUGGCCACUUUUGCGAUCAAUUUAAGAGUUGCAACGAGUUAUUAACGGUUUAUUACGUAUUAUUACGAGUUAUUACGACCUGUUUACGUGUUGUUGCAAAUAGUUACGAGUUAGCUACGAGUAUUCACGAAUCCUUAAGAUUUUUAGCAAAAAAAUAACAUCUGAAAAUGAUGUGUUCGAAUUUGCAGCUUUCAUACCUCCUCCCAACACGUAAAGUAUAUGUGUCUAUUCAUAAAGUACUCGUAACUAUACGUAAAAUGCUUGUAACAACCCACAACAAUCUGUAAAGCCAUCAUAACACGACCCAAAUUAAAUCGUAAACAACACAUAAGCACUCGUAAUAAUCUGUAAAUUCUCUGUAAACAAAUCGUAAACUAACCCUAACAAAUUGUUUAAAAAAAAUGAAGUGCAGUAUACAGGGGCGGAUCCACUGGAUUUCCCAAAGGGGGGGGGGGGGGAAGUGAAAUGUACGAAAUUGCAAGCGCGAGGCCUGGGCCCACUUAAAGGCCCAGGAAAAAAUGGACCUUAAGGUGCUCUAUAGUACAUUCUGAAUGCAUAAACUAAACAUUUAUGUGAAUAUUUCUAAGGAUUUUUCCUACUAUUUUUUUUCUCGGAGGAAGAAGGGGGGGGGGGGGGGUGCGCGCGCCCCCUAGAUCCGCCCCUAGUAUAUGCAGGAGGAGAAGUCACAUUGUAUUUGAAUGUAAGAUACAGUGUCAUAUCAAGUAAACAGCACAACAGCCCCAGGACAGGUCUGAUGCUAAACCACCAAUUGAGGUAGUUUAACUUGCUUUGACAAAAACGUUCCCUACCUCUAUUUAUAUUUAACAGCUUGCUACUUAACAGGUUUAUUGGCAGUGUUAUAAUCAAGUUGUUUCUAUUAUCCUGUUUACAUGAUAAUUGUUUAUGAAUUCAUUCAUAUGGACUAUGCUAUUUGGGAGCUAAUCUAAACAGGCUUGCUCGACCACAAGGUAAUCAUCAUCUUAUUCUCUGGGCUUCUUUUGAAUGACCAAUCGACAAUUGAUGUGGUGUGAGCAUGCAUGCAAACAAAAUGGCAAAUAAAAUGAAAAUGACGCCCGAUUGGCAGUAAGCUACCUCAAUCUGUGAAUGUGUAGUCUGGUUGUAGGAUGCUAUUUCAAACAAGUAUAGAAAUUGGAACCAUUGUACAUUGUUAUAAAGUAAAUGACAUCUUGAGGUCAGUGGUUGAUGAUCUGUUAUAUUAAUGUGAUUGUCGUGUUUUGGGUGAUUUACACGGCGCAAUGUGUUGAUAUACACUUGUUCAUCUGGAGGUGACAUGUAAAUUGUGUAAAAUGAACUGUGGAUGAAAUAUUUUUAGAUUAUCCUAGUUAAAAGGUCAUAUACUGUGUGAUUAAUACAUGGCAUAAAUUAUUAUUCUAAGAAAGAUGGAGCAUCCAAAACUUUGUGGGAUGGAAGUAUGGUAAUGAUAAUAUGCCCCCUUAUGUCAUGUCGUCAUGUGGGGUUGGCAGUUUGCACCCACCAAAUCUCUGUGAGUUUCAUGAUGACUUUGAAACAAAUAUUUUGAGGGUUUCACUUGAUUUGUGCUUUUUAAUUCUGAUGAAUAUUGUUACAUCAAGUCUAUGAAAGUGUUUCUUACUGUGAUGGAGUUAAUGUUGACAUUUAGUAACCUCAUGCCAGCCUGAACACAAAGAAUGUAUAGACUUUAUUAACAAAGGUAUAGAAAAACCUAUUUGACUGUUUUCUUUGUAUGAGGUAUUAUUUCCAAAAUCAAGGAUGAUUCUGUUUUAUCUAAAUACUGAUCUUUUGAUUUCUUUGUUCUGACAUUAAUAACGAUUUGUAUGCAUUAUAAUGUUUGAAGCAAAGAGUUAUUUUCAAUGAAAUGUAUGAUGUGGCCUUGUUGAUCCUAACAUAAUAAAUCAGGUGUGUGCAAAAUUUGUUGUCACUGAUGGGGAGGGGGCCAUGGAAGUACUCAUUGUCAUAGUCUGGUAAAGGGGGGGGGGGGGGGGAGGGGGUAUGUCAGGACAGGCCCUACCAAAAAGGCACAAUGACUCAAGAUGUAGAGCUGAAUGGGGUUUUUGGCUGUAGAUCUAUACAAAAUAAAAACAAGUCCAAUCAAACCCUAACUCUAGUUGGACUGAAACCUCCUCGUUGCUCAGUGGUACAUGAAACACUCCUGAAUGCUGUGGUCUACAAAGAAUAUACCAAACGACCCUCAUGAUGUCCAAUACAGUGUACAUGAUUUUGCUGAUACACCGAUCUUUUGAGCUUUCUGUCCAAUCAUCGGAAUAUAAUUAACCAAAUUCAAUGAGUACAAGGAAAGGAUUUAUUAAUCAAACAAAAUCAAACAUACUAUUCAGUGAAUGCAUGAAGCUCUGUGCGCCAAGAGAAUUACACUUUGUACCCAUUAUUAGAUUUCCCUUCUUGACAUUGAAGUCAAAUGAGAGUAAAGAAUGCAGGACAUGGAUGUUUCAGUGUGUGAUAUUAUGCACAUGUUCAUUGAAACAUUUAUGACAUUUAUGUGCAUAGUUUAUCCUUUUUUGUUUUUGAUGAGUAAAUGAUGUUUUAUGUGAUAAUUUAUUUGUUUAUGUCACCUUGAAGAUCUAUAACUUAUAUCCCAGCCCCCCCCCCCCACUCA